GAUGUCCACCGCAGGCUGCAGCGAGACGCUACUCAUUUAGCAGACGACAACACUGUAUGAAACGAACACGAGAGAGAAGUAAGGAGUCGACGAGAAUGAAAGUGAAAGUAAAUCGUAUCACGGCCUAGUAUCAAGGUAACUGCUAAUUGGAUACAGAGCUUCAUAUAAAUAUGAGGGACAUUCCACAAGUCGACCAGUGUGUGAAGAUGAAGUUGCUUGCAUGUCAAAGGAUGAAACCAGAUAUUUCAGUGUCUCCGGGUCCCUCCAUCAUAUCUCUACAAAGUGAUCAGUCAAUGGAACGACCGAUAGUGUCAAAUGACAGAAUAUAUAAGUAUAUGAGUCAAGGGAUGAAACCAGUUAUCUCAGUGUCUCCAGGUCCCUCCAUCACAUCGCUACGAAGUGAUCAGUCAAUGGAACGACCGAUUGUGUUCAAUGACCAAAUAAAUAUGUAUUUGAGUCAAAGGAUGAAACAAAAUAUCUCGGUGUCUCCAGUCCCCUCCAUCAUAUCUCUACGAAGUGAUCAGUCAAUGGAACGACCGAUUGUGUUCAAUGACCAAAUAAAUAUGUAUUUGAGUCAAGGGAUGAAACCAGAUAUCUCAGUGUCUCCAGGUCCCUCCAUCACAUCGCUACGAAGUGAUCAGUCAAUGGAACGACCGAUAGUGUUCAAUGACAGAAUAUAUAAUCAAAGGAUGAAACAAAAUAUCUCGGUGUCUCCAGUCCCCUCCAUCACAUCUCUACGAAGUGAUCAGUCAAUGGAACGACCGAUAGUGUUCAAAGACCACACAAAGUAUAUGAGUCAAGGGAUGAAACGAAAUAUCUCGGUGUCUCCAGUCCCCUCCAUCACAUCUCUACGAAGUGAUCAGUCAAUAGAACGACAGAUAGUGUGCAAAGACCGCACAAAGUAUAUAAGUCAAGGGAUGAAACCAGAUAUCUCAGUGUCUCCAGUUCCCUCCAUAACAUCUCUACGAAGUGAUCAGUCAAUGGAACGACCGAUAGUGUUCAAUGACAAAACACAGUAUAUAAGCACACUUUCAGCCACACUGCUGACAGAGGAUCACUACAGAUGUUCAGUGUGUACAGAGGUCUUCAAGAAUCCAGUUUCUAUUCCCUGUGGACACAGUUACUGCAAACACUGCAUUGAGAUCUACUGGAGCAAACCAACUCAAGCUGAAUGUUACGCUUGUCCUCAGUGCAGAAAGAGGUUCAGAGAUCGGCCUGUGUUAAAUGUGAACGUUGCUUUAGCUAAAGUGAUAGAUGAACUACAGCAGGCUGGGUUUAGUCCUGCUCUUCCUGAUCACUGCUAUGCUGGACCUGAAGAUGUGUCCUGUGAUAUCUGUACUGAGAUGAAGCUCAAAGCUGUUAAAUCCUGUUUGACCUGCUGUGUGUCUUACUGUGAGACUCACGUCAGACAACACUACACUGUACCAGCACUACAGAGACACAAACUGACGGAGGUUUGCAACAUACCAGAGAGCAAGAUUUGCAUAGAUGUUGCUUUGCUUAAGGAAGAAAACAAGAAGUUAAGGACAAGACUUUUUGAAGUGAGAAUGACUUCAGUCAAAGAAAAUGAGUGUUUCUACCCAGGACUUGAGGUUCAUUGUAAGGAUCUAAAAGGGAAUGUUGUUGAGGUUCCUGCCCUUGGUCGUCCUUGUGCCCUUGGAACAUUGUAUGACUGUCACAGUGAUUCUUUCAAGCCAGAUGUCUAUUUGUGGGAUGGAAGCACUAUAUCCAAUAUGAGAGUGUCUCAGUCCCAGCUACAGACAUGUUUUAACAUUUUGGAAGAAGACUCCCUUCAGAGCAGAUUUAGAGUCUUUGAAAUGUCUCCUGUGUUACAAGCAAAAGCUUUGGCUGGACAAAUAGAUUUGGGUGGUGCUGCAGUCUUUCUGAAUCACCCAAUUCAGUCUGAACAUCAGGACAGAGUUACACUGCACUAUAAAACCACCACCAGACUGGACAUGAUCAGUCAAACACUGUUACAUGAAGGAGUUUCUCCAUCAGUCAUUAAUACAACCACAGCUACACAUGUGAUCAUAGCUGUGAGCUACGGAGCUCAAGCCUUCUUUGUGUUUGAUCAUUGGUUGAAAAAUUCAGAGAAAACUGCAGAAAUGAAAGAUGUAAUCAAGAAGAUGUCCUCUUCUUUUUGUGCAAGUCACAUAAGUUCAAGCCUAAAUGACAGUGAAAAAGCUAUGAGCUUGUUAUAUAACUGUAGUCUCUACAUUGAUGUGGGUGACUGGAAGAGUCCAGUUUCUUUUGAUGAGGCAGUGAAGAUCUAUGUGUCUCUGCCAGAACUGCUUGGAUCUAAAGGUGAGAAAGCUGUUCCUCUGAAGGUUUGGCUUUACCCUCUGAAGAAACUGGAGAGGACCUCAGCGUGUGCUGCUCUCAGUGGAGUCAAUGAAAGUGUGAAAGAUGAAGCAGAAGUAAUUCUGAAUCAUUUAAGAAAACAGUUCAAGAUGUGUCAGGACAUGAUGACAGCCUGUGAUAAUUUGUGUUUACCUGCCUUGACUGAGAAGGAAAAAGCUUUUUCAAAACUCCUCUGGGAAUAUCAGACAGAGUUUCAAAGACAAAUUGCAGAGAUUGUUGCAUCAAAAAAUGAACAGGAGUGUUUUCAAGAGCUUAUCAAGAUGCAUGAUCGCUCUCCAUUCAGUGCAAAGAACAUACAGCAGUGUCUUGAGAAUAUGGAAACAAAACUUGCCAUAUUGAAUGCAUGCAGGGUAGCGGAGAUCUCUAUUUUGACAUCAGAAGAACAGCUUCAGCAUUUACUAAAUAACCCAGAGGUGAUCAACAUGUUCUGCUUCACCAUUUCCUCAGCGCAGGCUGAAGAUUCGUUCCUCGCUGCUUCAAAACAACACAUUGAAGCAAUGAGACAAAGCAAAUCUCAUAACUUUAAACCAAAAGAUAUGCUGCGUUCAACAAAGCCCGUUUUUAGCAAUGGGAAAGUGCUAAAUGACUUGAAGGAAUUUAUUACUGCCACAAAGGUAGAUGAUGAUGUGGAGCAAACCAAGUUUGUUGCCUCAUUUUUACCUGAUGUAAGCUUUUUUGGACAUUCAGUUUGUUUUUAUCAUUCUGGGAAAAUUGUGAGCAGAAAUGUGAAGCUGAAUUUGAAACCGGAACCUGCUGUAAUAGCAAACAUAAAACACACCAGUGUGGCCCUAAACUUGAAUCAAGCACAAAACAAAAGCGUUGAGAGAUAUAUUGUGGAGUACAGGGCUACUGAUGGUACCAGAAUACCAGAAUGGAAAUGGAAAAAUAUUGAUCCUUCAACUCCGGAGGAACCCUGUGUUUUGUCAGGUCUACAACCAGACACACAGUAUCAGUUGAGGUUUAUGGUCAGUGACAAUGGCUGUUUGAGCAAUUUUAGCAGAAUUACUGCUUUUCAGACAACGUAUGGAGCAAGUCCUGGACAACCUACUAUUACUAAACUGGGCAGAGAUGCUCUCAAAAUCACCUGGUUGAAAGCUGAAGCAGAUGAAGAUUGUCCAGUUCUGCAGUAUAUGGUUGAGUAUGGAGAAGCAGGACUGGAGGGCUGGUCAUCAGUAUUAACACAAGGACCUCAGUGUGAAUGUACUUUAACUGUACCUCACAGCACCUGCUAUAGAGUCAGAGUAUCUGCUGUCUAUGGAGAACAAGACCUCAGCAAACCUAGUGAGGAAACAUCUGUACCUGUGGAUGUCUGGACAAUAAACCUCUCAGAGAUAAAGCCCUCCAUCCUCCUAGAAGUGCUGAAACACCAAACAGAAAAGAAACCAGUAGAGCUGAUAGACUGGACAGAUGAUGAGAGUGAAGUGAGAGGAUUCAUUCAGUGUCUGCCAUACAUCUCACAACUGAGAUUUAAUUCACCACAGGAUGUGGUGCAAGAUUGGGAGAAACGAAAGAGAUUGUUUAUAUUGGAUGCAUGUCUGCAAGCUGCUCUUCAGAACAAUAUUAUAGAAGCAUCCGUGGAGACACUGCUAUCAUGUGUGGAUUAUGGAAAGUGUGAUUUUCUGCUGGAUCUGUACUCGCAUGUGAAGGACUAUGAGAGUAAAACAGGCAGGAGUGUCCUACCAGCAUUACAGUCAAUUUAUCGGUCUGUUCCUGCAGUUUGGUAUGUAAAUCUUUCAGAGAGAAAGACCUCCCUUUUACUUAACCUGCUUACAUACAAGCAGGCAAAAAAGCAACCAGUAAAGUUGCGUCGGUGGUCAGAAGAUGAGAGUGAAGUGAGGGAAUUUCUCCAGUGUCUGCCCUACAUCUCACAACUCAGGUUUUGUGGAAUUGCAUUGGGCGAAGAAAAAAAGGCAAAGUCGGCUGCACAGUUUCUUGUCAAUCUGUUUGUUUUAGCAUCAGAGGCUGAAACAGAUAAAAUAGUGAAUUACAUUGAACUAUUAAAAUCUGUGUGCACCUACACAUCUUUCCCCUGUGAUGGGAACAGUGAAUACUAUCUCAGUGUUCAGUGUCAAUUCCUGCUGGAUCUGUACUCACAUGUGAAGAAAUAUGAGAGUCAAACAGGCAGGAGUGUCCUACCAGCAUUACAGUCAAUUUAUCAGUCAUCUCCUGCAGUCUGGAUCAUAAACCUCUCAGAGAUAAAGCCCUCCAUCCUCCUAGAAGUGCUGAAACUCCAAACAGAGAAGAAACCAGUAGAGCUGAUAGACUGGACAGAUGAUGAGAGUGAAGUGAAAGGAUUCAUUCAUUGUCUGCCAUACAUCUCACAACUGAGAUUUUCUAGACAACAGAAGCAGGACAGAUCUUCUGAUGGGAAAAAAAGGAAGAGGCUAUUUAUGUUGAACUUGUUUUUGCAAGCUGCUCUCCAAUCAAAAGAAAUGGUAGAGGCAACUCUAGGGCAUCAUGUUUUCUUUUCACGCUAUGACAAAUGUGAUUUUCUGCUGGAUCUGUGCUCACAUGUAAAGUACUAUGAGAGUCAAACAGGCAGCAGUGUCCUAUCAGCAUUACAGUCAAUUUAUCAGUCACCUGCAGUCUGGGUCAUAAACCUCUCAAAGAGAAAGACCUCCAUCCUCCUAGAAGUGCUGAAACUCCAAACAGAGAAGAAACCAGUAGAGCUGAUAGACUGGACAGAUGAUGAGAGUGAAGUGAGAGGAUUCAUUCAGUGUCUGCCAUACAUCUCACAACUGAGGUAAGAUUGCUUUCAUAAUUUGUAUCAUUCUUUAAAAACAAGUAAUUCCUAUAUCUGCUUUACCAAUUCACUUUUCACUGAUCCUUGUCUUGGAGAGAACCCCAACACUGCUAUUUUUUAGUCUAAUUUAUAGUCCCGCAUAGGAUCUAUGCCAUAGGCUGUGCAAAGCUCAGCAAGAAACCUCUGCAAGAAAUGUAAAAGCGCGUCCGUUCUCCGUGGAUUUCCACUUACGACGGUAAAAACAAAGAUGGCCAAGUUGAGGAGUCAUACUUAACUCAUGCUCAAAGCACCCUCUGGCUAGAAUCCUCGAAAGGUGGAGGGCAGAAAGCCUGCAAUAUUAUGGUGAAAGUGGAAUAUUAUUUAGAACCUUAGGCAUGCAACCCGGCCUAGGGUGUAGAAAGCCUUUACCAUGCCUGAAGUGAACUCGAGGCAGGUCAGUGAAACUGAGAGAGCCUCUAAAUCUCCUAUCCUCUUGAGGGGGUAAUAGCUAGGA